AGAGCUUCAACUUUCGUACAUUGCAUCGUAUAACGAAGAUUUUAAACCGUAAAGCGUGAAUACACCCAAGUGGUUUGCAUCUGUUUUUCUUCUCAACUACAUCUUGAGUUUCGCAAUGAAGACUAAUUCCUUGUGCUUCAUGAUAUUGCUGCUUGUCCGUAUUUCUCACCAUGCUAGAAGUGAGCAGAUAGAUUCUUCUGACCUUCCAUUCAUUGUAUCCCUGUGGUUGAACGGGCAGCCCCACUGUAGUGGCCUUAUCUACGAUUCAAAUCAUGUUAUCACAACUGCUUCCUGUGUGCAGGGAAUUCUACCUGGUUUGCUACUUGUACAUGCCGAAAGCAUGGUGCUUCCAUCUUUUAAUGAAACACAUUACUCUGUUCAAUUCUAUGUCACUCAUCCAUCAUACAGCCAAAUCGGAAUGCAGGGCAAAGGUGGUUCAUACACCAGAGAUGAUAUUGCUGUCAUAACGCUGGUCCAGCAUUUCCCCUUGAGUGCUCGUCUUCCUCCAGCUUCGUUCAAGCAAAGUCGAGGAUGGCUCAUUUCUCUAUUGAAUCGUCGUCGUUCUUAUACAUAUUUCGGAUGGAUUCGAUCUGUCUUCGUAUCCCGGCCACCACUCUUUUUACAUGGGUCAAAUGUUACCCUUGAUCGGCAUGUUGAAAAGAAGAAUACCUACUACACAACAAUUUUGCCAGAUAUUUAUUCAUGUAGGUGGCAGAGCUUGGUGCAAUGUCAGGAAAAUAGAGGUACACCGAUUUUUUCCGAGACAGAUUCAAAAGUCAUCGGUAUUCUAACAGAUUUAAGUUUUACACGGAAUAGAGCGGUAUUGGGGACAUUUCUUAAGGUGAGAAAGUACAUGACUUGGAUUCAGCAGACUGUCGACAGAAAUCAUUUUUUACUUCGUGGAUUUAGUGGAGGUUGAGUAAAUUGAUUAUUCUUAUUCAUUGAUCAUUUCAGUGAAGUGAGUUAACAUUUUUAAUGUCACGUUAUGUUUUGCUAAUGAGUUAUCUUCCUCGUUUCAAGAAAAAUAAAUAAAAAUUGUCUUUCGCA